UCUCGCGCUGAGCAGCACAAAAGCGCCUCCCUCUUCCUCGCCCCCUGAUGGAGCUCCUCCGGCCGUUUGAAAACCCCCCACCCCCCGCCCGGCGCCACGCGGCCCCGCCCCGCGCCUCCUCGCGCCGGACGCCGCGGCUCUGAUACCCGACCGUUGGGCCGGCCGGAUUCCUUCGCCCCUGACGCGCGGGCGGGCGCGGAUGUGAGGGGAGGCAGGGAGGGGGAAGGGAAGGAAGGAAUGCAGAGGUCGCGGAGAGCCCUUCUGCGGAGGACGGCGGCGGCGCAGGAGCAGAGCGCGGGGGCGGAGGCCGCCGCUAACGGGAGGAGGAGGCGGUUGUAUGGCUUCUCCGCCUCGCUCGUCGUCGCCUCGUGGGUCGCCGUGCUCCUCCUCCACACCCUCGUCGGGCACGGCGACGGCCAGCGAGAUGGAGGGGGCUCUGCUGUCGCGCUUACUGUUGUCGAGCCUACCAUGAAUGAAGGUUCUGUUGAUACUGUUGUACAGGGGGGACAUGGGGAGAAUUUGGCUGUGCCUGGUGAUACUUGUGUUAGUACUGACGAAAACGUUGUGCUUUCAGAGGAGACACUGAUGCAAGCAGAUCAGUUGUUUUCCGAUGAUGAGGUGCAGAGUGAGAACACUGAAGCUCUAACCAGAGAUAGUCAGUUUGAGCUUUCAGGAGAUCAGGGUGGGACUGGGAGUCUUCCUCAGACAGAUGUUGGUUCUGGAGUUCAACCGGGGGCGAAGGUGGAGAGUGAAGCUUUGCUGAGGCCAUCGAGAUUACCACGGGUUGUCCCUCCUGGCCUUGAUGAAUUCAAGACCAGAGCAAUAGCUGAAAGGGGACCUGGUGUUUCUAGUCAACCCGGAAAUGUGAUCCACCGGAGGGAGCCUAGUGGGAAGUUGUAUAAUUAUGCCGCAGCAUCUAAAGGGGCUAAGGUCCUAGAUUUCAAUAAGGAGGCUAAGGGUGCCUCCAACAUCCUAGACAAAGACAAAGACAAGUAUCUUCGCAAUCCUUGCUCAGCAGAGGGAAAAUUUGUCAUCAUAGAGCUUUCUGAAGAAACGUUAGUAGAUACAAUUGCAAUUGCAAAUUUUGAGCACUAUUCUUCAAAUCCGAAAGAAUUUGAAUUGCAAAGCAGUCUGACAUAUCCCACCGAGAAAUGGGAAACACUUGGAAGAUUCACUGUUGCAAAUGCCAAACAUGCUCAGAAUUUCACCUUUCCUGAGCCAAAGUGGGCUAGAUAUUUGAAGCUGAACUUGCUAAGCCACUAUGGUUCUGAGUUCUACUGUACUCUCAGUAUGCUUGAAGUGUAUGGAAUGGAUGCUGUAGAAAAGAUGUUGGAGAACUUGAUUCCAGUUGAGAACAAGAAAACUGAACCUGAGGACAAAACCAAGGAGCCAGUUGAGCAAAUGCCUUUGAAGGAGCCUACUGGAGGAAAAGUAUCUGCACAGGAACCCCUCGAUGAAGAUGAGUUUGAAAUAGAAGAUGAUAAAUCAAAAGGCGAUUCACCAAAGAAUGGUGCUAAUGAUCAAAUUUCCGAGACAAGGACACUUCAGGCUGGCAGGAUUCCUGGAGAUACAGUUCUUAAGGUGUUAAUGCAGAAAGUUCAAUCUCUUGAUGUGAGCUUCUCUGUCUUGGAGAGGUAUCUAGAGGAGUUGAACAGCAGAUAUGGGCAAAUAUUUAAGGAUAUUGAUGCUGAUAUUGAUAACAAAGAUGCUUUGUUAGAGAAGGUCAAACAGGAGUUGAAAAAUCUUGAGAGCAGUAAAGAUAGCAUUGCGAAUGACAUUGAAGGGAUCCUCUCAUGGAAGCAAGUCGCUUCCUCGCAACUAAACCAGCUGGUCCUGGAUAAUGCUUUACUCAGAUCGGAAUUUGAAAUAUUUCAGCAAAAGCAGAUUGACAUGGAGAACAGGAGUCUUGUUGUUAUAUUCCUCAGUUUUGUUUUCGCUUGCUUAGCUCUUGCUAAGCUGUCUAUAGGUCUGAUGUCCAAAUUUUGUAGAUUCUAUAACUUAGAAAGGUUCCAUAAUGUAAGAUCCGGAUGGCUCGUGUUGCUGCUGAGCAGUUGCAUCAUAGCCUCCAUUUUGAUAAUACAGUAAUACAAGCAUUCAACUCCCAAAAGUUGCGGCUGUACAUUGUAAUUACAUGAGAUUUCUGAUUCAAAAUCAACUAUGCUACCUCUUUCAAAUAUCAGCUAUCCGAAGCCA